AUGGAGAGCAGGGAACAAAUGGCCUUGACCUUCUAUAAUCCUAAGGUUCCCAAAAUUAAGGGGAACCGGCACUACCAAAGGCCUACCCUCCCCGUCAACAAAUAUCCGAAUGCCUCAAUGCCACCCCAGAGGCGGCAGCAGCAUGUGAAUCAGACACACAUCUACAUCCGAACGUUCUGUGGCAGCCUGUGUGGUUUUGGUUUCCUAAUGGUGAUCUGCAUGUCCCCACUGAACUGGGUGAGGUUCCUGGUGACCAAGAAUGGCUUUGAGCUCUACGCAGGACUCUGGAUCACAUGCAACUAUGAGCUGUGCUGGAGCCACACACCCAAACCACCCUAUUACCUUCAAUAUUCCAGGACUUUCUUCCUCAUCUCUAUCUUCUCCAUACUCGUUGCCCUUGGCUGGCUCAUCAACUCUUGCCUGCCUAGAAGAGGAAGUACGAACACCAACUUCGAUCUGAAGAUAUCCAUACUGAGCUUCAUCUCAGCCAUCUCCUUGCUCCUCUGCCUUAUCCUGUUUCUGGCACAGGUUUACAGGCAUACUAAGGAUGCCUUGGAGCCAGAUCUCCUAUGGGCCUAUCAUAUUAAUUGGUGGAGUGACUUCUUAUUCACGUUUUCUGGGAUCAUGUCCUUCCUCAACUACAUAACUUUCAGAUUUCCUCCCCUUGAUCAAAAUGUCACCGCGAGUCCCACGGAGAAGUCAAGGCUGGGGGUUGGUCCAGUGACCAAAGAAUUACCUGCUGAAGAUGAAGGGUUAAGGUCUGAUAUAGAAGCUCCAACUGAGGAAGAGAAAACAGCCCCCGAAGCAGAACCGUGA